AAAUGCGUUGGCAGCUUGAAGAUCGUGACUCCGCGACCAAAGUCAACACCGUUUACCGCUUCUACGCAGAAGCCUGACUCGUCACAGGCUGGCAGCAGCAAUGCAGCCAAUGUCCAGCAGGAAGCGGUUGAUUCAGGUGGAAGAUCCAAAGCCUGACGCUCAACCGGCCGAAUUUCCUGCCCUUGUGGAUCUGUCCAACCUAGCAGCAUCCGUCUUUCCUAGUGUCGAUAUCGUAGCAGUUCACGACCUCGGAGAGCAAUUGCAUACUGCAUGGCUUUAUUCCUACACCCCCGAAAAAUCUUCCGCCAAGCGACCAGCCCCUCCGCAGACUUCACCCAAGCAACCACGCGACUUUAAGGCUGGAUUGAAGGCCCUGGAUGAGGCUAGAUCCCGCGAGGAGCGAGUGGGGCGCGGCAGGAAAGACCACGUCUAUGACUGGGCCACUCGGCUUGACCUGGAUGUGCCUCCGCGCGCUUCGAAAACCGUCGAAGCCGAACUAGCUGCUUCGUCAUCGAUGGUGGUGCCAGACACCAUAGAUGUUGAGAAGGCCUUGAUGACGCCAGCGGGGCAAAUAGGUAUUUCCACUGAAGGAAAGGGUAAAGGGAAAGCCGAUGGAGACGAUCAUGUUCCUGCACAGGACAUUGAUGCACCGGAAGGUUUGAAAGGAGCCCCGGAAACGCCCCUCCAGCAAGAGACAAUGGACGAACCGGACAAGAAGCCAGAUGAUGACGAUCGUGUCUCGCGUCCGUCCAAUCGUGCAUCCUCUACCAAGGGAUCAAAACUGCCGUCGGAAAGAGACAAGGGACUCAAGGUUGCCAACUGGCUGACAGACCCGAAGAUGCUUGGCGGCGAUCUCCAUCGGGCACGAAUUCUGGCCUUCACUUACAAACCACUCGAGCCAAAACCGUUAACCGAUAACUCUUCUAAGCGCCCUGAUUACGAUAGGUAUCUGAAAGAGACUACUGACGCGCUUCUCUCAAAACUGGAGACCAAGAGAACAGGAGAGUACGCCCAGGCUCCUCUCGUCUUCAUUGCCACGGGAUUCGGAUGCCUCAUCGUCGAGAAAUUGAUUGCUUCCUUUGUCGAAAGACAAGAAAAACAACAAGAAAAACAAGUAAAACCGGAAAAGAGCUCCGUCUUCAAUUUGAUCGCAGGGGUCAUGCUCUUUGACGCUCCGGUUCCCGUGCUGAAAGGUGCCCCUAAGGCUGAUGAUGCUAAGAAGGUGCCCAUCCUUCCACUGCCCUCCAAUGCUAGUUGUACCCAGGUUAGAAGCAUUUUGGAGUCAGGGGGGAUUGAUAGCUGGGACCUUUGGAAACGAUUUCAGUCUUCUAUUACAAAACACGUCCUUCCAACUGCCUGGUUCUAUGCGACACCCCCGGUCCUCAAUCGGACGGUUGUGAAACCUCGCGCAGAGGGAAUCGACUUCAUCCAGUUGGAAGCUUCUUCAUCCAAAGCUACCAGCCGGCUGCCAUCGAGAUUCAAAGGCCCGCAGGACGCCAAUUACCGCUCCCUUGUGCAGCACAUCAAGCGGUCCCUACUUCUUAAGGUCUCUACAGACACAGGUUUUGAGAAGCUGCUCAUGGAGUUCAUCGAUUUGGGGUUCGAGCUAGGGAUCACGGACUACAAGGGGCGCUGUCCCCUCCACAGAGCCGCCGAUUGUGUCAAUGACGUGGCGCUGAUUCGCCUUGUCAGUGCCAGAUCCGAUCUCGUGGCAAUGGGAGACGCAGAGGGGUAUACCCCGCUGCACCUUGUGGUUACUCGGGCUGCUGAGAGGAGCCCCGGAGAGGACGAUCGAGGCCCUUUCCGGAUGAUGAUUGAGAAGUUGCUCUCUGCGUUGGCCGAGAACGAGCAGGAUCACGAUCUCCGCGAUAAGCGUGGUAAAACGCCGUGGGACUAUGGCGAGAAUCAUCCUUGGAUCCAGGAGCUGAAAGAGUCGGGAAAUCUACUCAACGGGGCGCGGGCGGCGAAGGUCGAGACUCUAGAAGAUGUCGAGGGACCUCGCAAUCGAGAUCAAGAAGUUGCCUGCAGGAAGCUAGAGGCCACAUUGGCUCAGUUUUACAUCGCUAAAGACGGUAGCAGGGACUAUCUAGACCCACAGCGUCCCAACAUUCUUGCGACGAUCUAUGACAAGCGGUACGGUAUUGACAAACUUUUCGACAGGAACCGCCGUCCGGAUGAAGACAAGCAGGCCACAUGCCGGUGGAUCCACGUGCCUGCUAACAAUGUACGUGGACUGCUCCAGGACUCUGCUGGGGCGUCGUAAACUAACAGUGUGUUCCAGGAGCAAUGGGUUCACGACCUGUUCCUCCAACUACACCGUAUGGAUAAGUCUACGACCGGGCGUAGGCAUCGAGGUUCGUCGAACAAUAUGCUCGUGAUAGCGGUGUUCUGCUUCUUCAAGUUGCUGACUACUGAAGGCUCGGCGCUUUAUGACCGAUAUAUUACUCCGGGGGUGUUCAAG